AGUGUCUACGCAGCCAAGCACAGAUCUAUCAACAUAGUCUCGAAAUGUGCUUGCGCCCACUACGAGCAAGCCCAUGAUCUACAACUCAGUGAUAUGCUCAGAUUCAGUGUAAUAAGCUGUCUUCGAACAAAGUGGUUCGUUUUCACGUCGCCACGCUUCUUCUGGACUUCCAUGACUUAAAAGUCAUUUUGUGUCAGUCUUGAAAGGGCGUGUAGUUGUCUAGUUCAGCCCCGUAGCGAGCUAGUAAAGGGAGUGCCCUGAAGAAGAUAGGCCAAGGUAUGGGUGGUGUCAUGGAGGAGGAGGUGGUGCGGGGGUUCCUGAGGAGAUUCCUAGAGAAGUUCCCUGCUCCGCUGGGUUCUGAAGACCCCCUGCCUCUCAACCCCCUCAGCAGGAAGGUCAGCCUGGACGAACUAAGAGGAGAGAGCCUGGAUCUGGGCUUACGCCUACUCAACACCAGAGACGCUCCUUCAACACUGAAUGCAGCCAUGUGCCAUGCAGCCUUGGCUGAGCUGCUGAAGGCUGACCUUUCACCUUUCCACCUCCCCCAAGAAGCCGAACAGCAGCAAGGAGAGGAACAGGAAGUCGUUUUGCUCCAAUCAGAGCCCGUCCAGCGGCUUUUUCUCAAUAAGCUUCGGGAGGUGGGUGUGGCUUGGCAUCAGAAUCUCCCCUCCCCCCUCCCAGUAGGACCCUCCCGUUUCCUCGUGUGCUCCGCCCACGCCAUCAGGAACACUCGAAGGAAGAUGGAGGAUCGCCAUGUGACCCUCCCUGACUUCAACACACUCACUGGUCUCAAGGACGGUGUGGAGCGUGGUUACUAUGCUGUGUUUGACGGGCAUGGCGGUGUGGACGCUGCUAUCUAUGCUGCCACCCACCUGCACGUCAAUCUCAGCCAGCAGGAGGGGCUGCAGAGCGACCCGGCCACUGCCUUCAAGACAGCCUUCACCCGCACUGAUGACAUGUUGAGAGGGAAAGCCAAGAGAGAGCGUCUUCGCAGCGGCAGUACAGGCGUGGCGGUGCUGCUGCAAGGGGAGUGGCUUCAUGUGGCGUGGCUGGGAGACUCCCAGAGCAUGCUGGUCAGACGGGGACAAGACAUCACUCUGAUGGACCCACACAAGCCUGAGAGAGAGGAUGAGAAGCAGCGUGUAGAAGACCUCGGUGGAUGCAUCGUCUUCAUGGGCUGUUGGCGUGUCAAUGGAACCUACGCUGUCUCUCGGGCCAUAGGGGACUUUGACCAGAAGCCCUAUGUCUCUGGCGACGCUGACUGUUCCUCCACACGGCUACAUGGAGACGAGGACUACAUUCUCCUGGCCUGCGACGGUUUCUUUGACGUCGUCCGGCCCGCAGAGGUCCCGGCUCUGGUCCUCGGGGCGCUACGGGAGCAGGGGGAAUCCCCGGGGGCCGUGGAGGGGGCUGGGUGUGAAGAUGUCUCAGAGGGUGUUCUGGGGGAGCGCGUGGCCCAGGAGCUAGUAGCUCACGCCAAGGCAGCGGGCUCUAGUGAUAACAUCACUGUCAUGGUGGUGUUUCUACGUCCCCCUGCACAGCUACUGCUCCAGGACCAGAGCAACACCGCUGUUGCUACUGAGGGGCCAGCCCAGGAGUAGGGUGAAGUUGUCCCUAGGCACUGAUCUGGAGUAAGUUUUGUAUUAAUGGUUAAGGUUAGAAUUAGGGGGAGGGGGAUCAUCACUGAUCCUAGAUCUGUACCUAGGGGAAACUUCACCCCGGAGCUCCAGCCCAGGCCUCCAACUCCCAGAACACACCGGGGCAGUGAGACAGGAAGUCUGCUGCUGCUACCCACAGUGCACGUGGGCAGGGAGGCAGGAAUUGGACUGGAUUAAAAAAGGCAGUAUUUAUUAUGUAAUGACAUGACGGUGCCAAACUACUCGGUCACUGCGUGUUGUGGUCAGCCUUUUGAAUCACCGCUGGUGCUGAAACAGAUAUUCAACUGGACUGGAGAAGCUUGGUUCAUAACAAAACAAGUUUUAGCACAGACUAAUAGUUUCUACAAUAGUUCUGCCAAUGGUCAGAAUCCAGUGUGGUUCAAUAAGGUCCCUCUGGAUUCGUCAGUAGAUGUAAGGCAGAGCUGCCCAACCCUCUUCCUGGAGAUCUACUGUCCUGUAGGUUUUCAGUCCAACCCUCUUCCUGGAGAUCUACCGUCCUGUAGGUUUUCAGUCCAACCCUCUUCCUGGAGAUCUACUGUCCUGUAGGUUUUCAGUCCAACCCUCUUCCUGGAGAUCUACU